UCUAUGACAAAGGCUUAGAUAUUAUCUACAGUAUUUUUCUUACAGGUCUUCUUGCGUAUGGCGUGAAAGAAUCAACUACGGUCAACAAGAUAUUUACAAGUGUUAAUAUACUGGUGUUGAUAUUUGUCAUCACUGCUGGCUUCAUUAAGGGAAACCUGCAGAACUGGUUUAUCACAGAAGACAUCAUCCUGAAUGCAACAGCAAUGCAUGACAACCUAACAUCCACCGUCAAUGUCACUACUGAGUACGGAGUAGGUGGCUUUUUUCCAUUUGGAUUUGAAGGAACACUGGCAGGGGCAGCUACAUGUUUCUAUGCAUUCGUUGGCUUUGACUGCAUUGCAACUACAGGCGAAGAGGUGAAGAACCCUCAGAAGUCUAUACCUGUGGGUAUUGUGGCCUCUCUGCUUAUCUGUUUCCUGGCGUACUUUGGCGUUUCGGCUGCUCUCACAUUGAUGGUGCCAUACUACCAACUCAACAUUCAAAGUCCUCUGCCUGUGGCCUUUGCUGACAUUGGCUGGCCUGCAGCAAAGUAUGUUGUGGCGGUCGGGUCGCUGUGCGCACUGUCAACAAGUCUCUUAGGGUCAAUGUUUCCAAUGCCCCGUGUCCUGUUCGCCAUGGCCAGAGAUGGACUCAUGUUCAAAUUGCUAUAUAAAGUCAGCUUACGGCAGAGUCCAGUGGUUGCCACACUAUCCUCUGGAACUGUGGCGGCAAUAAUGGCUCUUUUAUUUGACCUGAAGGCAUUGGUUGAUAUGAUGUCGAUUGGAACCCUCUUCUCCUACACACUUGUGGCUAUUUGUAUUCUCAUACUAAGGUAUCAAGAGACAGCUUCAGAGGAAAAUGAUUUGCGCACACUCACAACCUCCACGUUUGGGUUUUUGAAACCCCCUUCGUACCCUACAAAAGAAACUUCAAACACUGUUACAACCUGCACAGUUUGUCUUGUUGCGUUGGUGCUUAUUCUGUCACUGCUGAUGAGCAAAGCUAUCAGAUCUUUAUUGUUGCUGGAGCUCUGGAGUGUUUUGAGUGCAUCUGUGAUCCUAGUUAUAAUGUUCCUCACGGUCUUCAUUAUCUGGAGACAACCCCAGAACCCAACCAAAGCCUCCUUCAUGGUACCAUUCUUACCUUUACUCCCUGUGGUGAGUGUGUUCAUCAACAUUUACUUGAUGGUUCAACUGGGAGGAGACACCUGGGUUCGCUACGCUGUGUGGAUGGCUGGCGGAUUUCUCAUAUACUUUGGAUAUGGAGUGAGGAACAGUGUCCAGAGGCAAAGGUUACUCAGCAGUCAGGUCACCAUUGAAACCAUUGAAUCCAAAUCUGAUAAAGAUGGACCAAAAUAAAUUUCAGUUCAGCAAGAAGCUCUUUCUUUCUUUCUUUCUUUUUACUAGACUUUUCAUCAUAUUUGCAGUGAAAUAACUUCUGUCUUUUUAUACUUUUUAAAAUAAAUAAAUAAAUAAAUGAUACUGAAAAAUUGACUAUGACAUCUUUUGUUAAACUAUACCACCGUUCAAAAGUUUAGGGUUGGUAAGAUUUUUUUUUUGUAAGAAGUCUCUUAUGCUUAAUAAUACAGUAAAAACAGAAACAGAAAAAAAAAAAAAAAAAAAAAAAAACAUCGGCUUUGCCAUCACAGGAAUAAAUUGCCAAAAAAAAAAAAAAAAUAUAUAUAUAUAUAUAUAUAUAUACUACAAACCCGAUUCCAAAAAAGUUGGGACACUGUACAAAUUGUGAAUAAAAAAGGAAUGCAAUAAUUUA